AUGUCUACCCAACCGCGCAACAAAUUAUAUCAAAUUACUCAAGAUUUGAAACGAAGUUUAAUGCGACGAAAACCGACGCAAUUACCAUUUCAAAAUAUUCCUCAACAAGCUGCUAAUCUUGAUACACCGCCGUCUGUAGCAGAGGAGUUGAUCGACUCUGUACUGAAACUUGUUUUAGACUUACGUGGUAGGAAACUAUAA